AGACGCUGCAUGUGUUCCUGCAUGCCGUGCUUCCCUUUCGAAACGUCGUCGUCGUGGUGGCAACGUGUGCGUUCGCCAGCGAACAAGGAACGGUGGUGGAUGAAGGUAAGGGAGUGGUCGGAGAUCGUUGCCGGUCGUAAGUGGAAGACCUUCAUUCGGCGCUUCAGAAACAAUGGCAGGGCUCGUGCGGCUCAGCACGGUUCGUUUCGCUACGAUCCGCUCAGCUACGCGCUCAACUUUGACGACGGAAUCGCCGCCGGCGAUGACGGUUACGGCUACGGCGGUUUCUCAACGCGCUUCGCAUCCGUUACGGCGCCGGCGAAGGCAUCGGCGGACAAAGCGAAAGAAGCGCCGGUGCUCACGUGAGAAUCACGUGCCGCGAUUGUGAAAAGAAGUGAAAAGCAGAAUGAAGCAACCGUGCUUUGAGGCCGGUUUCGCGCUGCG